AUGGCUGCUAUGAGGACUUUAACGGUGGCGGGUCUCUUUUUGGCUUUUUGCGCCCUGGGACUGAUUGCGAUCGCGAUCAGCACCGACAACUGGUACGAGACCGACGCCAGGAGGCACAGGGAGCGCUGCAAGAAUUACUCCAACAAAAGAAACGAUCCGGGCUACAUCUACAUCUCCAACAACAACCUUCCUCUCCGCAUGCUGCCCAAGCAGGGGAACGUGGCGGGGAAAGCUUCCGGCGGCGGCGGCGCGCCGCUGCGGGCCAAGCGCCACUUCUUGCCUCCAGCACCGGCCAUGGAGUCACUCUGCAGUCGGCAGUUUAACUCCACCAUCACCGGGCUGUGGAGGAAGUGCCACCGAGAGGGCUUCGACCUGGAGACGGAGGAUCUGAUCUUUAAAGGAUUGGUUCCGCGCUGCACGCCAAUAAAAUACUACUACUCGUCAUCAUCGCUGCCCAGGAAUCUCCCAAUCAAUCUGACCAAGACAAUAAGGCAGGAUGAGUGGCACGCGCUCCACCUGCAGAGGAUGACGGCGAGUUUCGUGGGCAUGGCCGUGGCCAUCAUCUUGUUUGGCUGGAUCAUCGGCGUGCUGGGCUGCUGUAAAGAACACGAUCUAAUGCAGUAUGUUGCCGGACUCCUCUUCCUUAUGGGAGGGACGUGCUGCAUCAUUUCUCUUUGCACGUGUGUGGCGGGGAUUAACUUCGAACUGUCCCGCUAUCCUCGCUACAUGUUCGGGAUCCCGGAGGACAUCAGUCACGGUUACGGCUGGUCCAUGUUCUGUGCGUGGGGCGGCCUGGGCCUCACGCUGCUCGCGGGCUUCCUGUGCACUCUGGCUCCUUCCCUCUACCCGCCGCACACACCCGUGGUGCAUAAGCCCAGGCAGGAGAACGGCUGCGUGUGACACCAUGCACACACACACACACACACACACACACACACACACACACACACAC